AUGAGGCCGGCGCGGGGCCGGAGGGACAGCGGCCGCGGGCCAGUGCUCCCGCUCCUGCUCCUGCUCCUGCUCUUGCCGUCGCUGCGGGCCGACGCGGCCGGUCCGGCGCCGGUGGAACCGUGCUGGGAGGCGUUGCUGCGCUGCCAGGGGGAGCCGGCGUGCGGCUCGGCCUACAGCCAGAGCCAGGCGGCUUGCGAGCCGGUGCUGGGGGGCGCGGGUGGCUGCCCCAGCCACUGCGUGGGCGCCCUGCUGCAGCUCAACGGCACGGAGCGCGGGCCGGCCCUGGAGCGCUGCGAGUGCGGGGCCGACGCGCGCUGCCGCCGUCUCAAGGCGGCCCUCGAGCCGUGCCUGCCGCGGCCCGCGCGCGGGGGCCUGGGCUGCACGGCGGCCCGACGCCGCUGCCAGGCCGAGCCCGCCUGCCGGGACACGCUGGCCUCCUACCUGGCCCGCUGCGGGCAGCUAUUUAACGGGCGCCGCUGCACGGCCGCGUGCCGUGCGGCCAUCGGGGCGCUGUUGGCCACCGCCGGGGGCCCGCUGCUGGAGCGCUGCGUGUGCGACGGCGCUGAGCGGCCCUUCUGCCAGGUGCUCAAGGACAAUAUGGGCCGCCUGUGCUUUGGCCCCGCCGCCGCUGUAGCUGCGGCGGAGGCCGAGGACGAUGACUAUGAGGACGAGGAGGAGACGUCGCCGCCCCCUCCCCACGGCCCCAGCGAGACUCUGUGGGGCCGUUCCCGAGCCGAGCCGCUCCGGCCAGGGCUGGGGCAGGAGCAGGGGCUUUCAGGGGGCGCCCUGGCCCUGGGCCUCCUGGGGCUGGUGCUCUGGCUCCUCUCCGAACUCUAG